AUGGCAAAUAUAAGUGCAGCAAGGGAUUUGCCGGCCAUGAGGCCUAGAGACAAUCUUGCAGCAGCGAGGCCUGAAAACAGUACAGGCGUUUUGCCUUGCAUCAACGCACUCACGCAGGUAAAAUCCUGCUCAGGUGACAUUAUCAUUUUCCUCCGCCAAGGCUAUACCCACCAUAUUAGCCCCUACUGUUGCCGUGCAAUUUCUCUCAUAACCCAUCAUUGCUGGCCUGCCUUGCUCAUUUCCAUCGGUUUUACUCCUAAGGAAGGCAAUAUUCUUGGGAGCUACUGUGAUGCACCCGUCUUUUCUCCUGCACCUCCCCUUUCGCAAGGUGAUCAUGCUCCAGCUCCGGCUCCACUUAAGAAAGGCUCCCCGGCUCGUCCGGCCUAG